GCCGUGCGUCCCUUUCCCAACAGUCCCGCCAUCUCCUCCUCCAUGGCCGGGAGGAACCUGUGGGGUUGAAGCAGCGACAAGGCAGGCCGGAAGCUGGGGGGAGGGAGCGGGGACCUCGCUUCUCCCCCACCCUUUCCCCCCUUCUCCGUCAUCUCACCUUUCCAUUCUGCAGGCCUUGCUCGGUGAGAGUUGUGGAGAAGACGGUGUGGGGCCUCUUCAUUCUCUUUCUUUGAUUUCCAUCCCUGGUUCUCGGAGGCGGUCUCUGAUCUGCGAGCAACCGCUUGAAGGAAGGAGGAAAUCGGUGCGGGGAUUAGCACCGGCUUUCCUGAGUGGGGUAAGGAUGUUGGGAGAAUCGCCUUUUUCUCCUGUGUGCUUGGAAUCCGGCGGUUGCCGGGGCGGCAGAAGCGGCUGAAUUGGCAAGGCAGGGAAGUGAGUGUGCGCGCGCUUAGGGGACCAGGUGAAUAUAUCCGGCCCUCCGGCUUGUUUAAUCAUCAUGCAGGCGGUACAGCAGCAGCCUGGGUGUUAACAUACGUGAGAUCCUGCUGUGGGCAGCUGCACUGCUAUUUCUUGGCUUCUUCCGAUGUCAUACUGCGGCUAAACCCUGACACAAGGUACUUUGCUCCAGAGAGACUGACAGAGCUGUGGUGAUACAGUGGUUAGAGUGCAGUACUGCAAGCUACUUCUGCUGACUGCCAGAUGACUGCAAUUUGGCACUUCAGAUCCCACCAGGCUCAAGGUUGACUCAUCCUUCCAUCCUUCCGAGUUGCAAGUCAUUGUUAAGAGAUGGUUCAAGAAAAUCUACCUCACAAAUUCCGUUUGUUUGCCCGUGUGCUGCAUCAUUGGAGAUCUCAACAGGAACUUAUCAGUUAUUUUUGAAAGUCUCAGGAGAACAUAUGGACAUCAGGUCAAUGUAUUACACUCUAGGAAUGGGUCAAAAUAUGAAGCAUUCUCAAUUUAGCAGGCCAAUCUAUUACCCAUAAGGGUGUUAAGAAAGCUUAACAACACUUCAACAACACUUCUGUAGAGCUCUUAAUUAUUCAGGAAAGUUAGCUUGAGCUCUUCUGAAAUCAACUGACUUUCUCUAAUCUUGUCUUGGAUAUAUUAAAUGGAAUGCAGUCAUGUCUACCCAUGAAGGAAUACAGAUCAACACUGACUAUGCUGUCGCUUUGUUAGAACAGUUAAAAUCAUUCUAUGAACAGCAAUUGCUAACUGACAUUGUUUUAAUUGUCGAGGGCACUGAAUUUCCAUGUCAUAAGAUGGUUCUUGCUACGUGCAGCUCUUACUUCAGGGCAAUGUUUAUGAGUGGGUUGAGUGAAAGCAAGCAAACACAUAUUCAUCUGAGGACUGUGGAUGCAGUCACUUUUCAGAUCAUAAUAACUUAUGCUUAUACGGGUAAUUUGGCAAUAAAUGACACAACAGUUGAACAGCUUUAUGAAACAGCUUGUUUCCUACAGGUCGAUGAUGUGUUACAUCAGUGUAGGGAAUAUUUAAUUAAAAAAAUUAAUGCUGAAAACUGUGUGCGGCUUUUGAGUUUUGCUGAUCUUUUUAGCUGUGAGGAGUUAAAACAGAGUUCUAAAAGAAUGGUAGAACACAAGUUUACAGUUGUAUACCACCAAGAGGCUUUCAUGCAGCUCUCACAUGAUCUGUUGAUAGAUAUUUUGAGUAGUGACAAUUUAAAUGUGGAAAAAGAAGAGACAGUUCGUGAAGCUGCUAUGUUGUGGCUGGAGUAUAAUACAGAAUCCCGAUCACAGUAUUUGUCAUCAGUUCUUAGCCAAAUAAGAAUUGAUGCACUUUCUGAAGUUACACAACGAGCUUGGUUUCAAGGCUUACCACCAAAUGAUAAAUCAGUAGUGGUUCAAGGGUUGUAUAAAUCUAUGCCGAAGUUUUUUAAACCAAGACUUGGAAUGACUAAAGAGGAGAUGAUGAUCUUCAUUGAAGCUGCUGCUGAAAGUCCUGGUAAUCUUUACUCUUCAGUAUGUUACAGCCCACAGGCUGAAAAAGUUUACAAACUCUGCAGUCCUCCUGCUGAUCUCCAUAAAGUUGGGACACUUGUAACUCCUGAUAAUGAUAUUUAUAUAGCAGGUGGGCAAAUCCCACUGAAAAGUACAAAAAUCAACUACGGUAAAACUAGCAAAUUUCAAUUUGCCUUCCGUACUGUGAAUUGUUUCUACUGGUUUGAUGCCCAGCAAAAUACAUGGUUUCCAAAGAGUCCAAUGCUAUUCGUUCGUAUAAAGCCAUCUCUUGUUUUCUGUGACGGCCUUAUCUAUGCAAUUGGUGGAGACAGUGUUGGUGGAGAACUUGACAGAAGAACUGUGGAAAGAUAUGAUACUGAGAAAGAUGAAUGGACCAUGGUAAGCCCUCUGCCCUGUGCUUGGCAGUGGAGUACAGCUGUUGCUGUUCAUAAUUGCAUUUAUGUAAUGGCACACAACUUGAUGUAUUGUUACUUCCCCAGAUCAGAUGCUUGGGUUGAAAUGGCUACAAGACAAACUAAUAGAUGCUUUGCUUCAGCUGCUGCUUUUGGGGAUAAAAUAUUUUAUAUUGGAGGCUUGCAUGUUGGUGGCAAUCUUGGUAUAGGAUUACGUCCUCGAACUGUAACUGGACCUUCCCUAGCAGUGGAAGUUUAUGAUGUGAAUAAAAAUGAAUGGCAAAUGACAGCCAAAAUUCCUGCCAAGCGGUAUUCUGAUCCCUGUGUCAGAGCUGUUGUGAUUUCUAACUCAUUGUGUAUCUUUGUACGAGAAACACAUAUGCAUGAAAGAGCCAAGUAUGCUACAUACCAAUAUGACAUGGAACUUGAUCGUUGGUUCUUGCGACAGGAUAUAUCUGAGCGGGUACUCUGGGAUUUGGGAAAAGAUUUCCGAUGCACUGUGGGAAAACUAUAUCCAUCUUGUCUUGAAGAGUCCACAUGGAAACCUCCAUCAUACCUAGUUUUUCCUUAUACAGAUGAUGAGUUUGAAAUUGAGGAGGAUGUUCCACUGCCACCUGUAUAGCUCCCUUAUUCAGAGAUGGCAUGCCUGUAACUAAUGAACAUUGUAUUUGAGAGAUUAGAGCUGCAAAAUGAAAUGUUAAAUUGUCUUGUAUGUAUGCCCUAUUUUUUUUGUGGCCAUUGAGUUUAAAUCAGUAAAAAUUCUUAUUGGAUAUGCUUCCAUAAUGUCAGUCCUUCUGAUAGUUGAUGGAAUCUCUCUCUCUCUCUCUCUCACACACACACACACGUUUGUGUAUGAUCAUAUAUGUAUCAUGAUUAUAUGUAUUCUCUAUGUAUUUCAAGCUUAAAUCCUCUGCUUAUUGUCUAAUUUUUUUAGUCCUGUGAAACAGUGAGUUCUGGAACUUUUCAUAAAGCAGCUUCUAUUUCUAGAAUGUUAUAUUAAUUGCUCAAAAUACCUUCGUUAUAUUUAAAUGAGUUCUGGAAAUAUCUGUAUGUGCUAGUUCUAUAGAUUGUGUAGCUGAAUGAAAUGUGCUGCACUCAAUAAUACACAGCUGUAUUAGUGUAAUAAUACCAUGUAAAAGAAUAAAAUCCCAUGGAUCUACCUGUGGUAGGAAGGGUAGAUCUUCCAUUUUAUGGUGAUAUGCAGGGCAAAUGACUGCAGGUUCAGUCAAGUUAGAUGAUGCUGAUGUCUAAGUGCAUGUAUUUUCACUAACUUAUACCUGUUUGUUUAGAAUAUAGGUCUUCCGAGCAGCUGGUAGUUUAAUAAGUGUGAACUGACAUUGCUGGGCUUGCAGUAAGAAUUGCUAGUCCUUCAUAGUGCGGGUCUCUGGAGCUUUUGUUCAGUAAAUAGCUCCAUGUUCUGUAUUUCGGAAAUAUUGGCUCAUGAAUAUUAGUUCUUGCUGCUUAUUUUCCCCUAUCCCAGUAUAAGCAAAACUAUAGUGUGAAUUAACCACGUCUUUAUUUUUGUUAAUUUAUAUUACUGUAGUAUGUCUUUGUAAAAAUAUCCUUACAUUGUCUGUCUCUUAUUUUUUCCUGUGGGAUUGGGGGAGAGAAAUUUUGUUCAGGAAUACUUUGUGCAGAGGAGUGGUUGUCUGAUGCUGCUCUGGCAUUAAUCCCAGGAACCACUAGCAGAGAUAAGGCACCACCAAUCUCACAUGAGACCAGAUAUUUCAUGAUGGAUCAUACUAGCAUGCUUAGCUGCAUCAUGUUCUGGCAUUGUAUUUUGAAUGAUAUUAAUUUAUUAAAAAGAAUCAGUUUGUUCUUUUUUCCCCUCACACGUCUGUGUAUUUAUCUGGAGUUACUGAAGUAUGAUUAAAACAACAGUUUUUAAAAUUGCUGUUUAAAAUAUUAAUACUUAUAGUAGUAGAUUCAGCUGUUCAGAAAAAUCUGAAAAAGAUAUGAGCUAGUGACUUCUAUUGUUUCUUUGUGUUUGGAGGUAAACAAAUGUUUGAAGACAGAAGAAAAAUAAAGUGUGGUAAAAGCCCUAUAUGUUAAAAGACCAUGCAGGCUUUUAACACAUAGGCCUUCUUCAUAGACAGUAUUCAUAGUCUUAUUACAUAAAAUCGCACUAAUGUAAAUACAGUCAAGUAGUAAACUGAAUCUGUUUGUCUCCAGCCAUUUAUUUUUGUCCUCUGGGAUUUCUUACACCUGCUUUUUGCUUUCUUUUUUUCUAGCCAAUAACUACAUUUUCUUUAAUCUUUAGAAUAGAUCUUAUAUUGCUUUGUAGUAAAAUACUCCGCAAACUAGAAAACUGACAUUCAGCCCAAAUCAUAAAAAUGAUAUGAUUGUAUCAGCCAAUUUUGAAAAUGGAAUAAGAAGCAUUCAGAACCUCAAGAGCUUAUUAAAAACUUUAUAUUUUUGAAAUUAUCCAUUUUGGUUAGGAUAAAAUGCUGUAGCAAAACCUUCAGAGUCUUGUGAUUAAAUAUACCACUAAAUAGCAUGCUUUUUCAUGACCAUUGUAUAGAUAUCAGUUUGUGAUAAGCCAAUCAAAAUUAAGACUUGCUGCUUGAAAAAUAAAAACAAAACAAACCCAACUAAAGAGAUUUAGAUUUUUUUAAAUUUGCAUUUAUAUCCCGCCCUUCUCCGAAAACUCAGGGCGGCUUACACUAUGUUAGCAAUAGUCUUCAUCCUAUUUGUAUAUUUAUAUACAAAGUCAACUUAUUGCCCCCAACAAUCUGGGUCCUCAUUUUACCUACCUUAUAAAGGAUGGAAGGCUGAGUCAACCUUGGGCCUGAAGGGACUAGAACCUGCAGUAUUUGCAGGCAGCUGUGUUAAUAACAGACUGUCUUACCAGUCUGAGCCACAGAGGCCUGGCAAAAGUUACAAUAUAUGGCCACAGAAACUUGUGUAUAAAGUAGGUAUCUUAUACUUGAGUGUAAUCUGGUGUUGGAUUAGUUCCCUUUAAGAAGCAUUUGAUUUAAAGUAUUAAAUGUUGCUGAUACUUUUAUUUUUUAAUCUGGGGAUCCUUUUGUCCCUGUAAAAAUUUAAAUAUAAAAUUGUCUGUGGAAAGGGAGGCAUUGAGAUGCUAAUUUGUACUCAAAUUCAUGAGAGGGCAUUGUAUAUAUAAAAAAUUUGAAAUCUUAAAUUUAAAAGAAGACAUGUAACAUCUAAUAUUCUGAGGAAAACGUCUCAGUUUGUAUUAAUAGUUUUGUCAAUUUUCAUAAUGAAACUUCGUAAAAAUUAUUUCUUUUAAAAAUAGGUUAUUAAGCCACACUUCAUUUUUGCUGUUAAAAUUAUCACUUUUUUCCACUAAAAAUCAGAAUAGAUUCUUGAACAAGAUAGGUCAGCAAACAUAUCUGAAUAAGGCUUUCAGAAAGUUUUACAAAGAACCACAGGGCUCUAUGACAACUUCAUAGGAUUUUGUAAGAGACUACUGUGAUGAGGAUGCUGCCAAUUUUCUUUCAUUAGAGCUUUGGCUCUUGAUCAGGGAUUAUAGUUUUAAAAACAAAAAACACCCCACCAGAUUCCUCAACUCAAAAAAGUUUGAAAAAUUAUUAGGCAAGGAUCUGGUUGUAUACAGGUAUGUUACCUUUUUGCAAAUCUGAGAGCAUCUGAUCAUGGUAAUGUAACCUGAGUGUCUCACUAUUUUGAACAAAACAACAAAGCUGCAGUAUGUAAACUCAAAACAGGUACCGUACAUCCAUUUUUAAAAAAUACUUUCCAAAGCAGUUCUGCCUGUGUGAUUAGGCCCAUCUACUUUGCAGUCCUUAGUCCUUUGUUGCUUACCUGGGCUUUAGAAGCUAACAUUUGGCUUCAUAAACUUGUAAAGAUGAUUUUUAUGGAAAUUAAGAUUCUGGUGCAUUUGUACUGCAAAAUGGGAUAAGUUAAAAAAAAAAAAAGCACCUGGAACGCCUCUAUAACAAGUAUGUAUAAGAAAACUUUGAAACCACAAUUAAUACUUAAAUGAUAAUUCAGGCUAUAAUAGAGUGGACUACCAAGGUAAUAGCAAGAUAAGAGAUAAAACAGAUAUCUUCUAAAUUGCUUAGAAGAUAAGACAAGAUUUAAAAUGUUUUGUGGACUUGGUGUUUUUUAAUCCCCAUUCCAUAGGCAAAAUAAGCAUUUUCCAUUAGUUAUAGCAGCAUGUUCAAUAGAAAUUUUGUUGGGGGGAUAUUAAAAUCUAUCUACAGAAAAGCAUUAGAGAUGGUAAAGUGUAAAGCAUUUUUAGCUGUUCACUUUUUUCUAUUUUUUGUUACCUUUAUAACAUGAAUCAAAAACUAUCAGUUCAGAAGCUUUUAGCGCUAUUAAUAAUUCCUCAUGUGAAAUCUGCUCCUAAUAUUUCUACAUAUCAAAAAUAACUAGGCUUGUACUGAAAUCUAUGUGCCAUAUUUUGUUACAGUAUAUUAUCCAAAUAACAUGUCUUCAGAUAGCUUAAAAAAUAAUAUUUUGUUAGGCUAAAAUAAGCAUAUACAUUAAUAGUCUUUCUUGAACACAAGCAUAUUCUUUGUUCAUCCAAUAUACACUUAUUCUUUUAGAACUGAUAAUGGGUUGCUUUCAACUAAUUUUUACUAUUACGUUUCACUUCAGUUAACUCAUGUUAACUGAUAAUAUAUAUAACAUGAUAAUUAUGUUUGUAUGUCCAUAAGUUAAUUUUGUGAUUCUAAUGACUUAUAAAUUAGACGAGAGGUUUAAGUAUUUAUUUCAUUUUGUAAUGUGAUUCAUAUUUCUAAAUGCUUGAAAAAAGUUUUAAAAACUAAAAUCAGUUAUCUGUUGUGUAUGAUUCAAAUAUAUAAUUUUACAGUAAAGUCCAAGUGCCUAAAACAAAAAUAGUUCAAAAUAGCAAGAGAACAUAAGUCUGAUCCUAACCUGUUUGUGCAGAUGUAGCAUCAGUAUGAUGUUCAUAAUAUCCAUUAAAUACUUCUGUUAUCUGUUCUUGAUCAUUUGCUCACACAGAAAGAUUGGAUGCAUAUAAUGUAUUCAGAAACUGAAGAUUUCAUGGCAUAAAGAUUGCACAGAGUUAUUCCUUUUACAUGCAACUUUUAUUUUAACAUUUUUUCCUAUCUGUAGAAUAAAGCAUGAGAGUGUAUUCACAUGUAAGUAUCAUAUUUGAGCCACAGACACAUUCCGUGUCACAACAAAAUUAGAUCCACGUGGUGAUAUAAACCAUUUCAUAAGACACAAUGAAAGCUAAAUUAGGCUGUGGUUGUAAAAUCUAUCUGCAUAAUAGUAAAAACUUCAAAAUAAGGAAUUAAAAAUGGAAUUGCAACAAUAAACUUUAUUUUUGUGGUCCUUAUCAAUGAAUGGCAAUGCCACAGGAAUACUAAAUUGACCCUGUGUGAGAAACACACUAAAAUAAAACCCAAGUGUUUUCUUAAGAAAAACCUAAUUUUUAAUUUUCACUUCCUACUGAUGGAGUUUAAAGAAUUGUACCCAAUGCUCAAAUUCCAGAACGGAAGUUGUUCUUGGCUGGAAUACAAAGAUACAUUGUUCAUAUUGAAUUUGAAUUGCAUUUUUAUAUAUCACUGAAGCAACAUGCUUGAAAUAUCAGUGUGAUCAUUAAAAAUAUAUGUUGGAAAGAUCUUGGAUUAUCUUAACCUUUCCAAAAAGUGAUGUAACCUGGUGUUCUUAUCCCAACUUGUUCAUAGGUUACUUCUACAGAACCUAAAACACCUCAUUAUAACCAAUGAUUUAUGCACAAAGGAUCAGAAAUUGAUACAUGAUGACUUUUUAGCUUUACUGAUAUGGUUAAAUAUUUCUUCUUAAAUUCUCAGUAUGUGAAGUAACUUUUAGAAUGCAUAUAUUAAAUUCUUGCAUGGGUUUGUCAGUUUUAACCAUUACUACAUUUUGUUUCAAAAGGAUAUAAUCUUUCUAUGUAAAAAUUGUGUAUAAUCAAACAACUUCCACCAAGGAAAUAAAAACAAAAGCUAUGUCAUGGUAGAAUUUAAAAUUCAAAA